AAUAUUAUUGAACAUCCUGCCUAAUUAUCAGGUCACAUGACCAAGGUCAAAGGUCAUUUAGCCUCAAUGAACUUAGACUGUGUUGGGGGAAUCAACAUCAAAAUCUUGACCUAAGCUUAAGUUUUUGAAAUGUAAUCAUAACUUAGAAAGUACAUGUAUAUGGACCUAAUUCAUGAAACUUGGACAUAAGGGUAAUGAAGUAUUACUGAAUAAUCUGCCCGAGUUUCUUUGGCCAUGUUCGGGUAAUCGUUGAAUUGCUAUCAUAUUCAUGAAAUGUGGACAUAGGGGUAAUAAAAUAUCACUGAUUGUCUUGCACAAGUCUAAGGUCUUAGGGUCAAUGAACGUAGUAUUAUAUCAUUAUAUGAAUUGUGUUUGUUGUGCAUGAUUAUUUGAUAGUUUUCAAAGUCAGCACUGCUUCUAUAUUGAAUUGUGUAAUGCAGGCGAGACUGCCAGCGGCGCUCCAUUUGUUGCCUCUUGUUUCUAGUCUUCAUUGUAAUGGGGGAAAACACCUUUUUUAAUUUUUAUAGUUAUGCAUUACGUUUUAUAGUGUUUUUUUGUUUCUUUUGAUCAUUUGGAAGACAGUUUCCUGGGGUUAGGGGAAGGGAGUCAUGUUUUACUGAUGUUAAUUGAUGGAACUAAAUUUAUGUUAAUUACUUCAUUGUCUAUUGACCACAAUUUGAAUCCAGCCCCAACCUUGGGUAUUCCAGCAUAGUUGGUUGGUGGGAGGUUUGAAUUGAAAUUUAAAUAAUAGAAAUUCUAAUAGGUCCUUUUUUGGCACAUGUCCAAAAAAUAAGUGGGGAAUCCCCAUGAGCAGUGUAAUGGCUUUUCAUUGCAUGUACAUGUAUGUUAGCGUUUCAUGGUACCUAUUGCUAACGUCUUUUGUCAUCAUUUAUUUGUCUUGCAUAUUUGAUGACAUACAACUUUACUCUGGAUAGAAGAUAUACUUAGCAGGAAAAGAAGAAGGAAAAAUCAUUUCUAAUUAUGAGCAUUGUGACACCACAUCAGUGUUCCUCGUGUAAAUGUUCACAAAAUAAUGAGUUUUAGAAUUUCAAAAAUCAUUUUCAAUAAACCCCACCUAUUGGUUAUCACAAGCAUAGAGCUCAGUGGGUUGACGGGGGGGGGGGGGGUGAAUUGAAAUUUAAAGGGAUGGUCCAGGCUUAAAAUAUUUAGAUCUAAAUAGAGUAAACUUCACAGAGCAAAUUGCUGAAAAUUUCAUCAAAAUCUGAUAAAAAAUAACGAAGCUAUUGAAUUUUAAAGUUUAUGAAUAUUUUGUGAAAACAGAUUAUGCACAUCGUCAUGAUUAUUCAUAAGGUGGGCUGAUGAUGUCACAUCCCCACUUUCCUUUUCCUUAUGUGAUUACAUGAAAUCAUAAAUGUGUAAAUGAUGAAGUUGCAGCAAUAACCAAUUAAUGCACUAAUCAGUUGUCAAUCCAGUUGUUUUGGUUCUUGGUAGAAAUUUUUUGAAUAAACCUAAUUUCAUAUAAUAAAAUACAAAAGAACAAGUGGGGAUAUGUCAUCAUCAACCAAACUAAUGAAUAUUCAUAUAGACAUGCCUAGAACUGUUUCAUCAGAAUAAUGCAAAUCUUUAAAAUUCAAUAACUUCGUUAUUUGUUUAUCCGAUUUAGAUCAAAUUUUCAGCAAUUUGCUUUGUGAAUUUUACUCUAUUUAAUGAGAUAUAAGUAUCUCCACCCUGGACCAUCCCUUUAAAUCAUAGAUUCUUGAUUUUUUUUUUGGCACAUGUCCAAAAGAUAACUGGGGAAUCCCCACGAGCAGUGUAAAGGCAUGUUUUUACAAGUACAUGUACUUCAUUGGCACUUGAUGGUACAGAUUGCCAAACAACCAAAAUCUUUUGUCAUCAUUUAUUUGGCUUGAACAUUCAGUGACAUACAACAAUAUUCUGCAAAGAAGAUAUACUCAGCAGGAAAAUAAGAAGGAAAUAUCAUUACAAAUGAUAAGCAUUUUGACACCACAUCAGUGCUCCUUGUAAAAUGUUCACAAAAAUUGAAUUUUGGAAUUUAGAAAAUCAUUGAUGGUGCCGUUGAAUUCUGUGAGUGAGCUGAUGAUAUUAAUGGCAACUUUUGCCAAGUUAUAGUUCAUAUUUUCUAUUUACUGAUGUGUACUUUGAGCUUUGGUAUGGAACAUUCAGAGGAUCAUGAGCACCUUUUGCAUUCAAUAGAACAGAACAUACGCCAUUGUGGAUCUCUUUUGGAAACCUGUAAGAGCCAGUCAUUGCAGAAUGCAUUCUUAUUUGGUGGAUGGCUCCAUAUUGCCAGGAAGCUCUUAGAUCUUGAUGGUUGUCUGGACAGUGAUGAUAUCAGAGACAGGUUCUCUGCUUGGAUCAUACAGAAUUGUAGGACUGAUGUUGAACAAGCUUGGAAUCAUUUAUUUCUCUAUGAACGAAAUCAGGAUUCAAACCUGCUUAGAGGCAUCAGAGAAAUACCUGAGGAUGUCUCCAGCCAAUCAAGCUCUGUAAAUCAUCUCUUGACUGUAGUUUCACUGAAAGACUGCGUUGCGAAUCUACGAGAUUGUGAAACUUCCUUUGAGGUGAUCAGCAACCACUUGCAGAAAGCAAUUCGUUUGUUUGGAAGAUGGCUACUUCUUGCGCAAACAGUAUGGAUGCCUUUAUCUCGCAGUGAGGCAGAUACAAGAGAUUUCUUUACUUGGGUUGAGAGGAGCUUUGGUAUCACUGGUGAGGUAGCUCAGCAGGUAAUGCAGUGCUGCAUGUUGAAUGCUGCUAUGGAUCGGGAACAGAUAAGGGGAAGUGAGGAGCCAGCAGAAGGUAGAACUGCAAGACAGGAAGAAGCCAGUAAUGGAAGAGAAGAUGAAAUAAGAAGAAUGGAUGAAAAUGAAAAAACAGAAGGCACUGGAAGGGAAACUGAAACAAAAAUACCUAAUGAAAGUGGAUCCGCAGACGCAGUAGGAGGGGCAGAGGAAAUCGGAACUAGAACUGAAACAGGAAGAGUGGAAGCAGACAAAGUUAGAAAAGUAGCAGGCGGAACAACUGAAAUAGAGAGUGCAGACGAUAUUGAAAGAGUAGAAGCAUUUGCAAAGGGAAGUGAAACAGAGGGAACUGGUGAAAUCAGAGCAAAUGAAGGUGGACAACCAGAAAAGAUACUGAGAAGAUCCAAAAUAUACAAAAUAAGAGAAGGUGACAAACUUAGAGCAGAUGAAAAUGGAGAAGAUGAAGGAGGAAUGGGAAAUGGAGAUGAUAUGACAAUGCCUGAUCUAAUUGGGAAAGUGUAUGAAAGUUGUAAAGUGAAAGAAGAAGAUGAAACUGAAAGAGGAAUUGAAAGCCAAGUACAAGAUGAUACAGAAAGAUCAGACAACUCUAAGGACAUGGAAGAAACUGGUAAAGAAAGUGAGACAAGACAAGUUUAUGAAAGUUCCUUUGGAAAUCUAGAAAUAGAAGAGAGAAUUAUAAAAAAAGCCGAAAGCGAGGAUAACAUUCGACAUGCCGAUGAACUUUUAGAUGCAGAUAUAGAUGAUACCCGAAUUCAUGAUAAAGCUGAAGAUGUCAUAUACAUAAGCACUGAUUAUUCCAGCAGUGGAGAGGAAUAUGAAAGCACAGAGAAGUCUGGAAAGAAAAAGAUAAUUGAAAGGGGAAGUAUGCUAAAAAUUCAUGCUGUAGAUAAAAGGGAAAAUGCAGGUGAAGAUUGUUCUAAAAAUACUGCUCCUGUGGGCCCUAGCUUUGAGAGUUCACACCUAAAAGACCAGAUGAAAUUUGUUACUGAAGUAAAAGUUAAUCAGAGUUUAGCUCAGCAACAAGAAUCCUAUGACUCGACCAAACACAAUCUUCAUCAAGAUGUUGCCUCUUGCUCAUCAACAGGCAUCUCAAGUGAUCUUAGAAUUCAAGAACAUACUCCACCAACAAGUACAUCUACCCUGGUACGGAAUUCUAGAAUACCAUCCCAACCUGUUACAAAACGUAACAGGCAAGACACUUUUGAGCUUUACCAAAGAGAAAACAAAACUUGCUAUGACAGCGAUGAUGAGGAACAAGAUAAGAAGAGAAAGUCAAGGUACAGCAGGUUUACUAGUGAGGAGGAACAAUCUCACAAGGAUGUUCUGAUGCUGGAAAGUCAUGCCAUUGGCACUGAGCCGACUCAAACUGAACAGCCAUCCGGUCAAUCACAAAACACCAUCAUUUGUUCUAUCCCCACAAUGGCGAGUGACAUAAAGUCACCAUCAGAAGCUGGCAUCAUUUACAGAAGGAAAUCUGAAGUAAUAAAACUUGGGCUUCAUAAAAAGCAUCAAGAUGGUGAGACUGUGGUGGAGGGCAAGAGCUGUAAUUCUCAAGCUUCUCAUGAGCAGAACAAGAACACAUCAGUUGAUCAUCAAAACAAGGAAAAGGAAAAUGAUUUGAGACAAUUCCUUACACCCCGCGACUCUGACGGAAGAAGUGAAACCUUUAAUAGUCUUCCUCAUAACUUGAAAUCACGGCUUGGACCAAAUCCAAAUCUAAAUUUGGAAAAGGCACCAGCUUUUUAUGGAGAAAGGUUCACUGUUGCCCCAAACUUUCAAGAUCAACAGACGGGACACCUUUCCACACAGAAUCUUGACAGUUUUGAGACUAGAAGACUGUCUGGACAUGGUGGUUCAUCUUUUGUCGAAGGUCCUUUGCUACACAAUGAUUCUUUUGUUGACCCUGGAAGUGAACAUAGGGUUGAGAUUUUGCCUCACCAUCAGUGUUAUUCUUUAGAAGAUAAGCAUCUAUCAUUGAGUGAAAUUUUACAAAGGCGCCUAGGACCUGAAAACUCCACUACAUGUAAUGCCGCUUCCUUUUCUGAAGACUGGCAACAACCUGAACGAUUUCAGAUGAGCCAAUCAACAGUUCAUGGACCCAACCUAGAUUCAUGGAAAGCAGGGGCUAGUCCUGGGCAAUGCUCAGAAAGGAAUCAGCUACAGCAUUGCCUACCUAUGAUACCUUGUCAUGAUCCUAGCAGAAAUAGAGAAAGGGGGAAGGAAAGGUUCAGUGUUCUUCAGAAACUUACAAAAGUCAAACAAAAUAGUGGAAGAAGAGCGGGACAAAUUCGUAAGCUCAGAGGUGGCAAGCGUCAACAGGUACACCAUGUAGGUGGUCAGACUGGCCCUCUAAAAGGGCAUAUGGCUCAGCAGUGUGGUAGUAAAAUAAAAAAUAAAGGCAUUCAAAGCAGAUGUAGGAGAAGAGGAGGUAGAGGAAGAAAUAGAAGAGGAGGUAGAGGUAGAAGGACGAGAAGAUCAAAUUUUGUUGGAGACAACAGAUGUCAGGUAGAUGGCACCAAAGAUGAAGACAGGCGUGAAAUUUGUCAUUAUGUGGGGGAGAUCAUCAACGAUAAAUCAUUUGUCAGUCCUGCUGAUUGGCCACCAAGUUUAAAGGAUUAUGUCCAGAGAGCCUUUAAUUCUUGCCAGAAUGAAUCAGAGAAGGACAAAGUGGAGUCCCACCUUAAGAAGAUCCUGACAGAGGCUCACAGUCAGGGUACAGUCAUGACCAAGGAUUGGAGUCUAGAGCCCCUCCCACUGUCCCCGCACCCCAGUCCUACCCCCAAGUCUCCUGAUGACCACCCUGAAGCUCCCUGGAGCGCAAGCCGCAACCAGGAGAACCCUCCCCGCUACGGCAGCAAUAAUUAUGCUGACAUGUCGCAGCAGGGGUUGGGUCGGGGGCGUGGUCGAGGGCGUGGCCAGUGGAAUAAGAAUCAGGAGAACCAACAGAGCAGGUAUCCUGCCCGUGUGGCCUCUCCCGCUAAGGGACGCCAUGGCCGUAAGAUCUUUGGAUUCUCCAGAGACUACAGCAGUGACAGUGACAGCUCAUUCAGCAGGUCCAGGUCUAGGUCUAGAUCAAGAAGUCCCGGACGUCACAGGUCUCCCUCUUCACAUUCCCGUAGGAGAAACAGGAGAUACAGAGAUGAUCGGGACAAGAGCCCUAGGGAUAGGAGCCGUGAGAGAGACUAUGUUCCGCUGUCUGCUGAUAGGAAAGAAAAGGGCAAAGGUCGCGGUCGUGGUAGGGGUAGAGGUCGGGGAAGGAAGAGUGAAGAGCCAGAAGUUAAUAGAAAGAACGAAAGAACACCAGGAAAGAAAGGACAGAAAGGGAAGAAUAAGAAUGUAGGUAAUGUGAACUAUGCAGAUGAUAGGGAGCGUACGAUGCGCAUGCAGAAGCGCGCAGCAAGAUUCCAGGAUAUGCUUGGUGAAGAUGACAGUCCUGCAGGUGGCAAGAAACAAAGAACUCAGAAACUUUCCCUCCAGAUAAAUGAAGACUUGACUGGAGAAGGUGAUGAUGUUGAAUGGUCAAUGGAACCCAUCGUAGGUACCAGUCAAGAGGAGUGGAAACAGUACCUCAGGCUCACUACCGCCCCAGACCCAUCUCAGGUAAGACCAAUCUCAGUCCUCCGCAAGUCUUUGGUGAAGGUCAAAGACCGAUGGAAGGAGAAGCAGGAUUAUCGCUUUGUCUGCGAGCAACUCAAAUCUAUUAGGCAGGAUCUAACGAUCCAGUGCAUCAGGAAUGAGUUCUCAGUUGAAGUGUAUGAAACCCAUGGAAGGAUAGCACUCGAGAAGGGAGAUGUUCCUGAGUUCAACCAGUGCCAGACCCAGUUGAAAGCUCUCUACAGUGAAGGGAACCCAGGCAACAUCCAUGAGUUCCAGGCGUACCGUAUACUGUAUUACAUCAGUAUGGAAAAUACUAUGGAAAUGAACACUGCCCUUGCGACCCUCAAACCUGAAUCCCGUCAGGAUCCCCUGGUAAAGCACGCCCUGGAGCUACGCUCCGCCUGGGCCAUGUCAGACUAUCAUAAGUUUUUCAAGUUAUAUCGUACUGCCCCACGCAUGGGGUCUUAUGUCAUUGAUAUGUUUAUAGCACGCGAGCGGAAGGCGGCAAUCAAGAUCAUUGUCAAAUCGUUUCGACCAAUGGUGUCUGUAGAAUACGUGGCGAACAAUCUAGCUUUUGACAGCAACGAGGAAUGCAUUGAAUUCCUCACAGAACUGGGCACUAUAAUUUUGAAUGCAGAUAGGACUAAAGUGGACUGCAAACAGAGCACCACAGCUAUGGCCGCUGCUGCAGCGAGUUAGACAUACAGCAUAGUCUGAUAGAACCCCAAAUCCAAAGACUUUAACAUUGAUCUAUCAAACAAAAAAUUGAAUUGAAUUGAAGAAAAAGUUGUUGGUAGAGAUGACUGGUCACUUGAAGUUUGGAGAACUUUUUGAGAGGAAAGAUCAACUAAUGGGCAUUAUAUGGACCAUAGCCAUUAUAUAUAUUAUGGAAAGAUGUAUCAGAAGUUGAAACACUGAUGUUUAAUCUCAGAUGUCUGUAGUUAGCAGAUAGUCCCAGUGGCUAGGAAAUGGGGAUGGUCCCUGCACAAAACCCAUGGGAUUUACAGAAUUCAGUAGUAUAUGGGUUGGAAAAAAAAAACGAAAUUACUGAAAAAAAGUGGCCACAUGUCUUGAUUCCCCCUUAUGCAAAGACAUGAUCAGUAGAACAUUGGCCAUACAAAUUCAACAGAUGAUUUAUAAUACUUUUGCAAAUUUAUUGUCAUCUGGAAUUCUGUUUGAUGCUUCGUGACAUUUCCUAGUUUGGUAAGGACUAGGAUAAUUCCUUAUUUCACUGAUAUAGUUCGUUGCAUAAUCAUUUGCCUAUAAAUUUUAUGAACUUUCCAUGCAAUAGUGUAGGAUAUGAUAGGAAUAUUCAUUUCUUAAAAAAAUCAAAUGUUUGCCCUUUUUCAUGAAACAAGAGAUCCAUCAACUUCAUUUGGUAUUUAAUAAAAUCAUAUUUCCAUUUAUGCAGAAAAGAAAUAAAGAUAUUUAUUGUAACACUCUCUUUUCUCUUCCUUUUAUCCUUUUGAUAUUUCACAGCGUAUAAUAAAUGUUGUUCAAUCUCCAUGUAGAUAUAUAUAUGUUUUUAUCUAUUUGUACGUUGUCCCCUGCUAAACUGUGCACAAACUGUUGUAUAAGAAUAUUAACUUCCAGGUUAAUGAUGCCAUUUGGGAAUUUUUCCAAUCUUUCUUGUCAGUAUUCAAAACUUUAAAUAAGAUGUUUAGGUAAUACUACGAGGUAUCAGAUGUUGCUUACUACUGGAAUUAGUGUUGUGUAUUUUUGGAGUUAUAUGUACACCUUCAACAUUUAUGACAGUGGGCUUAUGCAUUGUUUUAUUUCUAACAAGGAAAUGGCCUGCCUUGUACUUUCAUUUUCAUUUUGGGGUUUAAAGAUAACAGAUUCCAUGUUUGAUAAAAGCACAUCUUUCAUAUCUUUUUAAGUUAUUAAAUAUUUAGAAGCUUAGCUCAUUUACAUUUAAAUGCAUGAUAUAAGAAAGGACAAAGUUCUCUUUACAUAUACUCCCUCAUUAUUCUUAUAUGUAGACAUUUAUACCACUCCAAUUAAUUGUAAUAAAAAAUAAAUAUUAAAGUAAAUUGAUGGAAUAAUUAAAAUUCCAAUUUCUUAAUGUAAAUUAUACUUGAGGACUGGUAAGUAUUGUCUAAACAGUUGAAAAGGAAAAGAACAGCAACUAAAUAAUACAUCAAACAUGCAUUACAAUCAAUCGAUUCACCAGAUGAUAGAAAUCUAUAUGUUGCAGGUGAGUAUGAAUAUGUAGUAAUGUGCAUUCUUAGUGCCCUUGAGUAUAGCUUACUUUGCUUAUAUCUCACAUGGAAUAUGUAUGUUAAAACAAUUAUCAAAUGAAAAAUAAAAAGACCAUGGAAGGCUCGCUGUUUAUUCUGUAGUCUGGAAUGAGAUCUCUUGUAACCCACUUUCAUAAAUUCUGAAUGGUAGUUUUGGUAGAGUAAUUUUGAAGCUGUAUUAUAAACAUUACUUCAUUAGUAUUACUUUUUGUAAAUGCACUGCUAUCUAUGUCUGCUACGAUAUUAGUUUUUAUUUAGGAUGAAACCUUGACAGGGUAAUGUUAAUCAUUUUCAAAUCCCAUACAGAAUUGAUUUUCCAACUACUCAGCGUAGUCGAGCCUAAGAAAAGGCAUAGAAGCAAAUUUCAAUUGAACAUUUGGCUUUCAAUCUCUGAACUGCUCUUUCUUUCAUCUGAUAUGAUCUCCAUUAUUGAAAGCAAAAAUAAAAUAUAUUAUUUGCUUCACUAAUUGAGGACUCAAUUAAAUAACAUGAAAAUUUUUUAUACUAAAUUUGAAUGGUUUGAUAAUUUUUUUUCAAGAAAAAAAAAAAGAAUUCAAACAUUUGGUAUUUAUGUGAGAAUGAUAAAUAGACUAUUUCUUCUUUUCUUAGUUGUAGCACAGAAAUUUGAUACCUUUAACAUGAUGAUGACAAAGUCAUGUUCGUGUAAGAUCUUUUUGAAAUGUAAAUUUUUUUAUGAAUCACUGUUAAUCAAUUUUCAUAUGAACGAACUUGGAGUAAACAUUGUGUGCAAACUUCAUGGUGUUUGUAAAUCAUUGACAUUACCUUGUCAGUAUAGAAUUAACAAGGUUGCAUAUUAAGGUUUCUAUACAAGUAGGGUAUAAGAAUAUUUCUGUUGUGAGGUAAAAUUAUGAUUUCCUUAAGAUGUACGUACCAGUCAACAUCGAAAGGAUACUCUAAAACUCUGGCUAUGAUAUCUAGAAGAUUAUGUUGUGAAAUCAUUGCAUAGUCCAUAUACGUGCCUCUCAUUGUACAUCAUGACCAGGUGUAAUUGGUUUUCGCACCUGGACUACUUGGUAUAGAAGAGAUGUCAUAAGUGUCCCUUUGUUUGAUAUUAUAGCAGCCUGCCUCCAGACGUUUUGACCUCUUUUACAGGCAACACUAUCCAAAGAUAAAUUAAGCAAAAUUAUUCAGCCAUUUCAAUUAUUAGAUCACGCUGUAUAUAUUAGAGCUUACUGGGAAAAAUUAAUUUGCACAAAAUCCUUGCCUAGCACAAGGCUCUCAUGCAUUUUAUUUAGUACUUCACUUGUGGAAAACACUACACAAAAGGUUACAGAAAACAUCUAACCUUUCUCUUCCGUGAAAUCCUUGGUCAGUUUGAAAUGACCAGCGUUCAAUUUGGAAGCAGGUAGUGGGCGAUGCAUUGACUUGAUGUACUAGGUGCUAUCAUUUAUAUAUUAUUGAUAAUGUAUCUAUGUGUACAAUUUCAUAUGCACAAACUUUGUGAUCAUCAGUGUAUAUAUGUGCUGUCCAUCAUGUAAUAUUUCCGGAUGGGUUUGUGUUGGAAUUGGGUUGGGUAGGGCAUGGGUACUUUUAGGGGUUCCGCACUUUGAGACUUCUGGUGUAAAUUGGUUUAACUUUGGGUCGGACGUUCUUGCGCGUCCAUUGGAUCAAUGAUCCUGCAUUUGAUGCGAUGCUUUGUUUGCUGACAUCCUUACUGGACUGGAGGGAUAAUGACCAAGUCAUACACGGCUUCACUCCUGCAUGUUGUAAUUGGAAUUGACUGGUUCUUAUCCUGUGCUGUGCAUGUGCCAAUGCUGUCAUGUGAGACCUUGCAGGAGGUUUGUGAAGGAGAAUAGAAGAUGUAUGGUGGAAUAGAAUCUUUUCCAUUUGUAAGUGAUGUAGCAGUGUUCUCCAAGCCUGCCAAUAGAUGCACUUGGCUGGGGGUGUGAACUUGAAAUUCAGUAUGGAAGCAGCAUCUGUAAGACUUCUUCGUACCCUUUAUCCUGGAUGAAGUAUCACCUAUGCAGAGAUUUCUUGAUGGAAGUGCUUGCUAUUCCUUUUAACGGCUGGUCCCUGUACUGAUGUGAUUAUUGUAUCCGGGCAUCGUAAACGACCAUGUUCAUAACUUUUGUGUAUCAAUAAGAAGCAUGUGAAAGACUGUCGUACAAACCCUAUCUGCCAAGUCUAAAACCUGGUUUCACCCGUCUACUGCCAUACUGUUUCCGUACCUUGAUUGGAAGUUUGUUACACGAUGUUGACGAUAUACCAAUGUGCACCUACCACCCAUAUAUUUGUUCCAGUCUUGCCCUUCUUCAUCAAAUCUUCAGAAAUAUUCUAAAAGCAACAAUGGCAGUUUUACCUAGUUAUUUUUGCUAUGUGACUUUGAUGUUCAUCUACUGUUCCAGUCUCACCCUUCUUCUUGAUAAAAUCUCCUGAAAUAUUCUGAAAGUAAUUGUGACAGUUCCUACAAAAUAACAAUUCUCCACUGUCCUUCCUCCUUACCGGUCCUGAUCCAAUCUUUCACCAGUUCCUGAGCAGACCUGACAUGAUGUGGUAGAGCUUCCCAUUCCUUCCAUUCUGUUUUGGCGAUGUCGGCAUUAUGUCUUGCCUUGUGAUUCCACCUAGAGGUCCACAACCCUAAGAACUCUGGCUACUUCCUUCAAGCUCCUUCCAUCAUAUGCCACACCUUUGUCUCUAUGCCUGGUUGAUUCUGCACCCCAUCCUCCAAAGGAUCCAGAGUUCCAGCACCCCUUAUCACCCUUCGUCUUGUGUGCAUUAACCACUUGGUACAGGUCGCCCAAAGUCACAGUCAAGACCUGUAUCAUAGCUGGUUGAUGUGCACAAGCUGUAGCCAUCCAGAGUCUAGAAGACAUCCUAUCGUCCUUGAAUGCAUCAAUCUCUAGACGUGCUGUUGGCUUCCAUAGUUCUGGACAUCAAUAUCAAUGAAGUCUCUCCUUUAGCUUGAGCUUAAUCUAGAACCCUCUUGACCUGCAUCAUCCACUUUUAGCCUUGAAGAGAAAGACUGUGAUUUAGUAUGGAGAAUAGGAGAGAGUUUCCUGUAACUGUUCUAUUUAUAGUGUAUGUAGCAGCAAGCUAUAAUGAGUCUAUUCCCAAAUAUACAAGAUGUAAUGCACAAGGAGGCUAAUGAACUGAACUUUGAUAUUUCUUUCAUAUCUCAACAAAUUGCCCUAGAACUGCAAGACCAAUGUUAUUCACUUCACUGAUGAGUUAAUUCUAUAAUCAACCAUUCAACAACCUAAUGACAGAUUGCCUGCUCUCUACACCCGAGAUUGAAAGCACCAUGAUGAUCGAAGAUCAGCAGAAGUGUGGCCUUUGACGGGACAUAACUAAUCACCGUGGAUAUUCAUACUAGGAGUGACACCGUUUCACAAUUUUGCAUGCAUUGAGUUUCAGCUUUCUUCUUUCGGUAUGAAGAAGUAACCUGGUAAGUGUUUGUCCUGUUGCAGAGAAGUUUUGCUUUGCGGCUCCUGAUCCUUUCCCCUGAAAUUAUAUCCUGAACAUCUUGCAAAUAUGAUGACAUCUAUGACAUCUGAAGUGAAGCAGAGAUCCUAUCUUGAAGUGACAUUGGUUGAAGCCGAUCAGCAGGUCUGAGGAUGCUAUUUUCAGGCUGAAUUUCCUUUGACUUUCCAUGUUGCAGGAUUAUCAGAUUUACUGGGUGUGGUACUUCUGGGAGAGGUUUAGGUAGAAGUGCAUUUGAUGCUUUAUAGGUAAAUGUGUUUUUAAUAUAUGUACUCUUUGCACAUUAUCUCAUUUAAAAUUCUUCCAUUUUGUUAGCCUGUAGCAGUUCCUUUUUUUAAAAUUUAAUUUUGUGAAUUUAUUUUUAUAGAAUUCCUAUAGAUGACCCCCUACUUCAGGAAAUUGUAACUAGCACAUAGUAAAUAUUAUGGUUACUCUUAGGGUUAGAAUAUUCCAUCUUUGAGUUAAACUUAUGUCAUAAUAUAUUCAGUACUUAAAGAUAGAAACUUUGGUAAGGUUCAGUCUGUAGGAUGUAGACAAUAAAAAAAGGAAUAUAUGCGUAAGCAGGUUAAGAAUACAGGAAAGGAUCCUUUCAAGAAAAUCUCUACCUGUGCCAUGUAGAACCUCCAGACAUCAUUCUCACAUGAAGACAUCAUUGGUCCUUGAAGACAGAAGUCAUCCCUGGAUCUCCUCAUCACAGGCCAAGUUCAGAUAGCAAGUACUCCUGCAGAUUCUUCCAUCAUAUCUUAUCCACUCCUUGGUUGUUUGUUUUCUUUUUUUUUCAGCCUUGCUAGUUUACGAUGGCCACUAACCCAGAAAUAUAGUGAAAUAUACAUGGCAAGCAGAUUAAUAUUAUUUGUUGCCUUUCUUGGACAGGGGUGUAAGUGGUCAUUCUAAGCAUGCUUGACUUUAUUUUUUAUUUUUUAUCAUGAAUUAUGUUGAUGCGAAAUUGCAGCGACAAUUAUACUCACUUCAUACCAAGGUCAAAUUGUAUCCCAUAUUGUUAGACCGUCUAAACCUGUUACAAAAAGCAAUCUGAAGAAGAAGAAAAAAAAAAUCUGUGGAAAAUUGAAUCUAUUGUCAUUCCCAAACAAGAAUAUUUUGGCCAUAUAAUUUGAUUUUUUUUUAGGGGGGAGGUAUAUCUUUGUAUAUGUUGAAUAAAAAUGGUUAUAUUAGUAGCUUCAGAAACGAAUUAGUGAUGAAAUAUGUGCUACUUCAUGGUCAUGUAUUGAAAUAAGCCAUACAAAUUUCCUUCCUGUAAAAAGCCUACUUCUUUCCACAUUGGUAUUUUUGUUAUUUUUGUAGGAUGUUUAUCAUUUAAGAGCUCAUCUCAUGUUGGAAAUUGUAUUACCAAUAUUUGGCUUUUUGUUUCAUUAACGAUUUAUAAGAAAAUUGUAAAAAAGAGAGAGAACAAAAUAAAAAUAAAAAUAUAAGCAAAAUGAAAAAAGAUCACACCAAAAUGAGUUAGAAUGGCAAUUGUCUCCAUGUUGAGAGGAUCAUGAAUUCCCUGUGAAUGGUCGCUUAUUUGAUUCUGUUUAUUUUACCUGAGAAGAAAUGGUAAUUCCAUCGUAUAGCUGGGUAUAAUUUUGCGGCUUUGUUACAGUCUUGGCUGUAAUUAUAAGUGUAUGCGAGUUUGUGUAUAUUAUGUAAAUACUUGUACAUUGAAAGUGUAUGUUCAUUGAAUGCAGCAUAAUUAAUUACUUAUUACAUAUCACAGAUGUUUUCCCCUUUUCUAAUAAAAUAUCAAGAAAAAUUA